AUGAGAAGUAAGGACGUUGAGCGUGUUUUCAAUAAAGGGCUGUCAUUGAAGUACCCUGAGGCGCUGGAAGGACUCGAGAAUUGCCCGAGCGCAGAGAUAGUGCUGCAGAGAAAUGAGUGCAUACGAGCUGUUGCGGAUGCCAAGGGAGCGUUGGAUUGGCUUUCUCGAAUUGACCUCCUCUUGAAUUAUGCGGGCGCUUUGUUGCAGCUCUUGCAGGACAGUAGUGGGAGCGCAGUAAGCUCGCUGGCCACGGAUCUUGUUAUCACGCUGCUCAAUGCGUCGGGGUAUUAUCAAGAGAUUUCAUUGGAUACGAUGGAGCGUGCUUACGGAACGGCCAUGGCCACCUCUAUGUGGUCCACCAGCGGGCUGUAUUUGAGGAAAGGCCUCGGGUUGCUGCAAUUCACAUUAGCGCCACCGAUUUCUGACAUUACCAGUUGCUUGUCUCAAACACUUAAACUCCGGAUCUCGAGCACAAUAAAUGAAAUGAUCAUGGAGUUCCAGUUUGUACAGCAAAUCGGCAUAGUGGUGCUUUCGCUUUCGAAACUGAGGUCACGGGUUCACAAAGAAAGGAAAGACGCAAUGCUGGAUAUACAAGAAGGUGAUCUAAAUGAUCUUUCAAGGAAUAGUCUCGUGUAUGCCAAAUUAGUUAUUGGCUGUUUGGAGACUUCGUCAAGGUAUAGCAAUGACUGCGGCAAUAUUAUCAAUAAAUCAGGAAUGGCAUAUCUCAAUAGUUUGAUUUUUCUGUUGCUAUCAUUGGACCAAUACUCGAAAGACGAAUGUGGUGUAUCUGUGGGCAUGAUUGAUAUGUCGAUAUCUUAUCUGCAGAAAUUAGUGCCAAAAUCACAGCUAGAAGCAUCAUUACUGUUAGAAAAGAGGAAAAAAAGGGACAUUCUAAAAAGUGCAUUUCAGAAAAACGAAAUUAAAAAUAAAACAAUCAGAACUAGUUUGGACAUUUGGUCCAAGAAAUCCAAAAACAAUCAGCUUCUGCCUCUAUUAAAGCUAACAUUAGACGAUUUCUUGAUUCAAUUAGCCAUUCUACUUCGUUACAGGUACGUUCAGACAAACGAAAAACUAUCAUUUAAGCCAAUUGUGAGCGAUGAAUCAACCCUACGGAAAUUGUUCCCACGAAGUGUUGCCUCAGAAUUGCAAGGUUCGGAAUGGGUAUUUGAUCGAGAAACACGCUCCCUGCAAGAGGUUUCAGCUACGCCAUAUACUGAAACAAAUGCCAAUGAUUACUAUUAA